AUUUUCGCGCCUCAUAUUUUCGGCUGCAAUCAACAUCCCUGUCCCUCCUCCCAUUGCUCUGUCGCAAUACAAUUCACACAACUCCAACACCACCUUCCUCACAAUGGCCGAUUAUAACUCCCUCAAGGUCCCCGACCUUAAAAAGAUCCUCACCGAGCGCGCUCUUCCCCUCUCAGGAAACAAAGCCGAUCUUAUCGCGCGCCUGAAGGAGGAUGACAAGAAGAAAGCCCCCAUCAGCGCAGCCCCAGCAGCUGCCGAUGACGAAAUCGACUGGGACGAAGAUGACAGCAAGGUCGCCACCGGUGCGACCACCACCACUGCAGCAGCAACCACCAUCGCAGCUGGUGGACAAGGCGCAAUUGAGACACCUCUUGCGGUCCCAAACCAGAAGCAAGAUGUCGACCCAGCCGCGACUACGGAUCUGAAAGUCACUGGCUGCACAGAUGCGCCUGCGGCCGCUGACGGCUGUGUGGCUGCGAGCGGCGAAGUCGAGGCGGUUGUUGUGGAGGAGCCGAAGCAAGAUUUCAGCAUUGGGCUACAGAAGACUGAUGCAGAGAAGGAGGCAGAGCGUAGGGCGGCGCGCGCCAAGAAGUUUGGUAUUGUGCCCGAUGAUGACGAGGUGAAGCGGGCGGAGCGGGCGAAGAAGUUUGGGGGCGGCGCAGGGCAUGUGGAUGUGAGUGGCCUGGAUGGGGCAUUGCCGGAGAGGAAGAAGAGGGGUAGAGAGGAGAGGGAGGGAAAGACUGGGAGGGAGGCAAAGAGGCAGACACCUGAUAGGAGAGCAGAGCCAGUGAAGAAGGAGGCGAGGCCCUCGGUGCCGAAGCAGGAGCCGAAGAAGGCGUAUAAGAGUGUCUUAGAUGACCCGGUGGAGAAGGCCAAGGCAGAGGCGAGGAGACAGAAGUUUGCCUCUGCUCCUGCGCUGGCAUCAACGUGAGCGAUGGGUGCAGUCGGGGACACUCUUGGGCGAUCUAUGGGGCAGCCCGGCGCCGAGGGAUACUUGUACACCAGCCGCAUUUCCAAUCACAGUGAUGAUUAAAAUGACGUUAUUAUGGGAGACCAGGGUUUAGGAGCCCGAAUAGGUAGGUUUCUCAACGGGCGCGGCGUGCGGAAAAUAGAUGGAUAUUUUUUGCGACCAUACAGCAUUCAGCCUCAAGCUCACGCGGGUCCAUGAAUUGUGAUUGUGGUGGGCGUCUUAUGGCAUCGGCCGGAUGUCUUGCAGGAUCCAGAAUGCGAAACCAGUGCAUGUUUAUCGAAUGUCACAUCGACAUUGAAUAUGGCUCGCCGAACUAGAGUUCCAAGUCUAAGACACGGAGGCUUCUGAUUUAAACGGAACAAAGAGAUCGUUUGGAUGUAUGAGAUAGAUAGAUGGGCGACUAUCUUUGUAAGUUUGGAUUGGAAAGUUCUAUAUCUCUCUCAGCCUCCACCAUCGUCCCUUUUCUACUUCUUUCCACUUCCCAUACGCUUUCUACUCUUUGACUCCACCUCAUCUCACACACCCUCUCACCGCCUAUUCCCAUUCUACUCCACCAUCUUCAACAUCAGCAAUUCCUCUCUUCGCGAGCCUUCCACGUCAUCCAAUCCAAAGCACCAAUGUUGCUUUAUCCUCACCCAUAUAUCCCCCCCUUCCUCUCCGCCAUCCACGCACCUUCUCGCCCAUCCCACCUUUCCUUUCUCGAUCGCCAUACGAGCAUCCAUCCAUCAUGCCCCGCUCAUGCCGCAACAACCACCGUCGGUCCAUAACCUCCGUUCGAAGUAACACACAGUCACAACUGCACCGACCGCUCCCGAAUGGCCAGGCUCCACUACCACAUCAACCGUUUCCGGGUGCGCAUGUGCAGCCGCAACAACCUCCCCCAACUACGCAGCAGGGGUUUGAAGCUAUGGGAGGCCAUCCUGUGAGUCCGCGCGGG